AUGGCAGAAGGGGUAUCCUUGAGCUUCCUCAAUGGAUUGGACACCGACUCUGUAACCGGAGACGUCUAUUUCAAUGAUGCUGGUGCUGUUUACCAGCUAAGGCAUGUAAUUUUGCAAGAACAAUUGAGUGAAAUAGGUGGAAAUACUAUGAUUCAUUUUUCAGUGAAAUUGAACAGAAAUACUAUCACUUAUUUUGCCAAGAUCAAGAAGGUUACUAUGUUAUUAAGGGGGCUUUCAGAGCCGGCUGGGACUGCAGUUAUUGCAGAUGGAAAAUUCAUUCUUUUUUCUAAGUUGACUGGCAAUAGUUUUGGCUCAAAAGGUCCAAAAGCUAACACAUCUAAAUAUUUUACAUCUUCACAGGGUGGGCAGACAAUGUUCAGGGGAAUCAAAUGGGAGAUUUUCUGGUGGCAGUCAACAUACAAUAACCUAUUCCACAUUCUUAUGCCUGUCACAUUGAGACUGGAUGCCUAUGGCAAUCUUAUGGAAUUUGUGCUUAUUUAUCCCUAG